AUGCCGCCGGCUGUCGUGCCCGUCGGCGAAGACGGCGGCGGAGAAAAACAGCAGGCCGCGCCCCGCAGCUGCCAUGUCGCGUGGUCGGCGUGGUGGUCCCGCGUCGGCCGGUGCCUCCUCGCCUCCACGCUCCAGCCGUGCCACGCUGCGCUGGGCCUCUCCCCGGCGGCGCCCUCCUCCCCGGCCGUCGUCCGUGGCACGCUCUUCCUCCCCUCCACCGGCGACCGCCGCGUCCGCCUCUUCCUUCACGAGCACGCGGCGCCCGUGGAGUCCGCGGUGCCGGCGCCGCUCCUCGUCCUCGACCUGCCGGCCGGCCUCGCGGGCACGGACAUCGCCGCCGCCGGCAGGAUCGUGCUGGAGUGCCAGCGAGAGUGGGCCGGAAGCGGAGGCGCUCUCCUCGAGUCGCCCAAGUGGCUGGUGUACUGCAACGGCGGGCGCGCGGGGUUCGCAACGAGGCGGGAGGCGCCGUCGGACGCGGAGGGGUGGGCGAUGGAGAAGCUCUGGGCCGUGACGGCCGGCGCGGGGUGGCUGCCCGGCGGAGGGGUGGAGUACCUGCGUGGCAGGUUUGAGAGGAUCGUUGGAUCGUCCGAUGCGGAGUCGUUCCACCUCGUGGAGCCUAUCGGAUGGUUGGGAGUGCAUGGCGACGGCGGCCUUAGCAUCUUCUUCCAUCGGAUUUAAUCGGAGUAUUUACAUUGAGUUGUUGUUGCAUAGCUGCAGGCGUCAGCAUGUUACCAUGUACUCGUAGAAACAAAAUCUACGAACGCUUCUUUCCAUUUCGAUUCCGCUGUUAGAAACAAAAUAUACAAGAAGAGACAGUACCAAAUUGAAGGGUACUAGAGAUGAUCAGGCUGGGAGCUGC